AAUUUUUCAAUUUUUAUUGCAGGAUCUCAACUCGAAUCAAUCGAAUCAAUAAGCAAGCAGCAUGGAGAAAAAGGAGGGGAGCUCCAAACUGAACGUAGCCAUCAUCCAUCCGGAUCUUGGUAUAGGUGGAGCUGAAAGAUUAAUUGUUGAUGCAGCCGUUGAACUUGCAUCUCAUGGGCACAAUGUCCAUAUUUUCACUGCACACCAUGACAUAACUCGAUGUUUUGAGGAAACUCUUGCCGGUUCCUUUAUAGUUACUGUGUAUGGUGCCUUCCUGCCCCGGCAUGUUUUCUACCGUUUUCAUGCUCUAUGUGCAUAUCUGCGGUGCAUUUUUGUUGCUCUUUGUGUGCUGUUCAUGUGGCCAUCCUUCGAUGUUGUACUAGUAGAUCAGGUUUCUGUUGUUAUUCCAAUACUGAAACUUAAAACGUCAAUAAAGGUUGUGUUCUAUUGUCAUUUUCCAGAUCUUCUGCUCGCUCAACACUCUACUGUUCUCAGGAGGAUUUAUAGGAAACCAAUUGAUUUAAUAGAAGAAAUAACCACUGGAAUGGCAGAUAUGAUACUUGUUAAUAGCAGAUUUACUGCAUCUACCUUUGCAAAUACAUUCAAGCAUCUUCAUACUCGAGGAAUUCGGCCAGCUGUUCUGUAUCCAGCAGUUAAUGUCGAUCAGUUUGAUGAACCCCAUUCAACUAAGUUGAAUUUUCUUUCAAUCAACCGAUUCGAAAGAAAAAAGAAUAUAGAAUUGGCAAUUUCAGCUUUUGCUAUGCUUCACACACCUGAAGGAGAUGUCUUCCAAAAUCAUAACCUGGAUGAUGCUUCAUUGACCAUUGCAGGUGGGUAUGAUAAACGCCUGAAAGAGAAUGUUGAAUACUUGGAGGAGCUUAAAAGUUUAGCAGAAAGGGAAGGAGUUUCUCACCGGGUUAACUUCAUUACAUCAUGCUCAACAGCUGAAAGAAAUGCACUUCUCUCCCAAUGCCUGUGUGUAAUCUAUACGCCAAAGGAUGAGCAUUUUGGGAUUGUUCCUCUGGAGGCAAUGGCAGCUCAUAAACCUGUAAUUGCAUGCAACAGUGGGGGACCUGUAGAGACAAUUAAGGAUGGGGAGACAGGAUAUCUUUGUGAUCCUACCCCACAGCAGUUCUCUUCGGCCAUGGCCAAACUUGUUCAGGACCCUCAGAUAGCAAAGAUAAUGGGUAAAGAGGCCCGGCGUCAUGUUACCGAAUCAUUCUCGACAAAGAUGUUCGGUCUGCAUCUGAAUCAAUAUCUUUCUGACAUUGCUAGGCCUAAGAGAGACUAAGAAUAAUGAAUAGCAUUCAGUCAGAAGAUGAAAGCUACAAUGUACAGGACAUUUUUGGUAAUACAAAACAAUGUUUUCCCUUGAUGAACUCACGUAACUUCAGUUGCUUGGCUGAGUCAUCUGUGAACUAAUAGGUUUUGGUGGAUUUUAUGACAAUUGUCUUUUUGCGGGUCUCAA